AAACAUAAGGUAGGAACAUAAUAACUGAAAAUUACGUACAAGGUUCUUAAAUUUUGUCCAAUACUUAUUAAAGAAUAACGAGAAGAAAUUAUUUGCAAGUUAUGUAAAAUACAGUAUCAUAAACGCUCAUCAAGUAUAAAAGCACACAAUUACGUGUUGUACGUACUUAGCGCAAAAACCCAAGAAAUAUUUGCGUUCCAAGAACAAACAGGAAACCUACCAUUGCCAAUAACUUUAAUUCAUUCAUUAUUUCGGACACGAGUGAGUAGAACGUAGGUCAGAAAUUUUAUUUUUGGAUUAAUCACUUCUUAACUGUUUGUACUAUUAAAGUAUUAAUCAUCUCAUCAAAAUAUCUUGAGAUUGAUAUCAGAACAUCUUCAACAUGCGUCAACAGUUAUUAAAGAGUAUAAUUAUAUACACACUCAGUGUGCUUACCACAGGAUCUUGUUUAUCUCUUGGAUUAUGGCAAAAUAAUAACUCGCCAAAGGUUAUAAUUCAAACUCCGUUCAAUGUUGGAUUGGGAUUACGAUCAUCCAUUCCAGUUCCUUCUUUAUCUGGGUUGUUUGGUAGACAACGUGGUACGAAUCACUUGGAAGAAUCUGCAAAUCACCCGAAUGAAAUUUUGGCAAAUGAUAGCAUUACUAAAGAAUAUGAAAUAAAUCGCAUUCAUUCUAUAAAGAACCAAUAUGACGACAAACUAUUCACCGAGAAAAACUAUAACGAAAUAGAAAAGAAAUUCACUACCACAGACGACACAAACAGUAAUACAAUAAUAGACGAGAUUUAUACCACGGAAACUACUGAAACUACAACAUUUACCAGUGAAACAUACAGUACUGAAGAUUAUGAAACAACGACAUUGGAUGAUAUAACGAACAGAUCUGGGUUGCCUUCAGAUGUAGUAGCGUCGAUUCUCGGCUGAUUCUUUCUACUCUUCGCAUUUCACAUGGCAUAUCUCAGUGCCGAGAUACGCUUUAAAAAAACGGGACACAUCUUCGAGAUUAUACAUCAUGAAUUCAUUUAACUUCUUGCCGUCUUCGUCGUACUCCUCGUAUCGCAGACUUUCCACAUUCUUCCGUUUUGAAUCACGAUUUCUCAGUGCAUUAUCACUGUCAAUUAUCAACACUGCUCUUCGAUUCAUCUUUUUGUAUGCAUAAUUGUUGAGGUUUGUUGUCAUGCUCACGUUUCUGUACAAAAAGUUGUAUUUAAUUUAAAUUAUUCAUGUGUUAUUAAUAAUGCUUUAGAUCAAUGUAGUACAUGUAUUGAUAUUGUGGAAGGUCGUUUCUUCUUUAAAUUUUUAGUAGUAGAUACAUAGAAUUGCAUUAUUAUAAAUUGCUAUUAAUUUAUUAUAGAAAAAAUAAUUUAUUACUAUCCUUAUUUUAACAGUGAUAUAUUGAAACAAAUAACUACUGGAUGACAUAACAUCUUUCUAUGAAUAGUUGAUCUUAACGUUAGUUAAGUUAGUCAGUUCGCUCGUUAGGGCGAAUAUAUCACUGUGUGUAAAAUUUGCAAGUAGGAAUUGACGUUAUUUAUUAAACUUUAACCAACUGUUCAAA